AGUAGCUGGCGCCGGAAGUGAGUGAGUGAGCGGUUGGACGGCUCAGCUCGGCCCGGAGAGAGUGGCUGAGGCAGCGGGGGCUGGCCAUGGACUUGCUGCCGGCCAACCCGCACGGGAACGGCCUGCUGUACGCCGGCUUCAACCAGGACCAUGGUUGUUUUGCAUGUGGAAUGGAAAAUGGAUUCCGUGUCUAUAACACUGAUCCAUUAAAGGAGAAGGAAAAACAAGGUGAGGCGUAUCAUCAGUCAGAAUUCAUGGAAGGAGGAGUUGGUCAUGUUGAAAUGCUUUUUCGAUGUAAUUACUUAGCUUUGGUUGGAGGUGGUAAAAAGCCCAAGUAUCCUCCUAAUAAAGUAAUGAUAUGGGAUGAUUUAAAGAAGAAGACUGUUAUUGAAAUUGAAUUUUCUACAGAAGUUAAAGCCGUUAAACUACGGAGAGACAGAAUAGUAGUAGUUCUGGAUUCCAUGAUUAAAGUCUUCACAUUCACUCACAAUCCUCACCAGCUGCAUGUUUUUGAAACCUGUUACAACCCAAAAGGAUUAUGUGUCCUUUGUCCAAACAGCAACAAUUCCCUUCUAGCGUUUCCAGGAACACACACAGGGCAUGUGCAAAUAGUGGACCUUGCCAACACAGAAAAGCCUCCAGUUGACAUACCCGCACAUGAAGGAGUUCUAAGUUGUAUUGCUUUAAAUCUUCAGGGGACUCGUAUAGCCACUGCUUCAGAAAAGGGAACCUUGGUCCGAGUUUUUGACACUACCACAGGACAACUCAUCCAAGAGUUACGAAGAGGAUCACAAGCAGCAAACAUUUAUUGUAUUAAUUUUAAUCAAGAUGCAUCUUUAAUCUGUGUAUCAAGUGAUCAUGGGACUGUUCAUAUUUUUGCUGCUGAGGACCCUAAAAGGAAUAAACAAUCCAGUUUAGCAUCAGCAAGCUUCCUUCCAAAAUACUUCAGCUCUAAGUGGAGCUUCUCCAAGUUUCAGGUUCCUUCUGGCUCGCCUUGUAUUUGUGCCUUUGGUACUGAGCCAAAUGCUGUUGUCGCAAUUUGUGCAGAUGGCAGCUACUACAAAUUUUUAUUCAACACCAAAGGCGAGUGCACCCGAGAUGUCUAUGCCCAAUUCCUGGAAAUGACAGAUGAUAAGAUAUGACUGUGUGAAUAAGAUAUGAGUGCAAAUAAUUACUUCUCAAACAGAUCUCCUGAUGCUGUUUUAACCUGCCACCUAAAAGAGGAUAAAGUGUUACGUGAUUAAACUGAGGGAUGGAAUGAAUCUCUGGAUGGACCACUGGAUAGAUUGCGUUGAAAAGGCUCCAUUUAUUAUUUUUGCCAUGUUCAAAUUCUGUUCUGGAGUGUUUCAGAUUGGGGGAGAAUCCAAAUUUUUUUUCAAUUAAAAUGAAUAGAAGCAGUUAAUCUUUGACCACAGGAAAUAAUCAAUCCUUCAAACCUUCCCUUCAUAAAAGAACUCUUGUACUAAUUGUGCCUGUUGAAACUUAUUUCUUUGUGACUGGGUGUUUAUAAUAUAACAUUUUUGGAGCGGCAGGUUUUUCUGUAAUGUUUGCUGGCGAAGAAAUUUGCCAAUGCCUAACGUGAGCAAUUACUUGUCAAAUACACAAUCCCAAAAAAAUGGUGCAGCCAUCACAUCUCAUUUUCACUGUAUCGUGUGGCCUCAAUGUGAAAAGCUUAAACGGGCAUCAAGUUGUACAACGCUGUUUAGCAGUUAAAUUGUUAUUUUUAGGUCAGCUCAUGGAGUUAAACACGUUGUGAGUUUUGCUCUUUCCAGUUUGGAAUCUACGGAGUACUGAAAGUUACGAAUUGGUGUCUGUUUAAAACAAGAUGCCCAAUUUAUUAGCAUCAAGUUUUGUGCUAAAUGUAUAUAAAGUACAAAACUCAACUCCUUUCUAAUUGCAAAAUGCUGUUUUUAAAUAUAAACUAAACACUAAGUUGAACUUGUAUAUUACUGAUGGUUGAUUUUGCUCAGAAAGAAGGUCUGAUACUUUUUUUUUAUAUAAGGAAAAGUGAGAUUUCUUUCUGCCUGUUGGAGAUGCAAACAUUUGUCUAUCUGUUGCACUUGAGUAAAUUAGUAUCCAUACUGAGAACCUUGCAUAUGUUCAAAAUACUGUUUAGGGAACAAAUCAUUGUAGUUUUUGUAGAAUAAACUAGUGCAAACAUCUACAGAGAAUUUUGUGUUUAAAACAAUGUUGUUUUGGUUUUUUCAUUCAGUUUAAUUUUCGAAGAGUAAUCCAUUUUCUUCUUUUGAUAUUUCUUCCCUUUAAUUUCUGUUGAGUUGGAUGGCAUAUGACUUUGUUUUGUUUUGUAAUCUAUCUAAUAGUGCAAUAUAAUCAGACCAGAGCCUCACCAAGUUUAACAUAAUCUUCCCAGUGACCAGGUUUAACAAAAUAAUCCAGUUUGGCUUUAAAAUUAAUUAAAGCCUAAGUCAGUAAACUAAAACUUCAAAUAUUUUCUUAAGGUAUUUAACCAGGUUGGCUUUUUUGAUUGGAAGCUAGUUCAUUAAAAACAUACUGCUUGUUAAAUAUUUCUGGCAGUUUUGAUCAGUGGUGUCUUACUGGAAAGGAUCACUUUGAAUGAUGGUUAUUUUACAGGAUUUUUUCCAGAAAUUAAAUGAAAACUGAUUUUCUUUCUUUCAAAUGUUAAUAGCCUAUUUAUUUAUCCAGACUCACAUAGACUUAAGAGUUUUCUGGUGGCAUGUGCAGACUUACAGUUCAUAUGUGGAAAUGGUUCAAUAACCAAUGUGCUGCAUCUUAAGGACUGAAAAGUACCCAAUUGUAACUGACAAACUACUGUUAAUUAGCAAAGUUACAAUAUAAUCUGCUUUAUUACUGAAGUUAAAGUUGUGCAGUACUGCAUCUCAAACAAUACAGUUUGAAUUUGCAAUUAAUAGGACAACAGCAUGCAGACAUUUUGAAGAACUCGGCUUAAUAUAAAUACUUCAAGUAAAAUUCAGGAAACUUACAAUUGAAACUGCAUUGGGUUAAGUGUGCUGUCACAUUGCUAAUGAUUUUCACUGUAGCUUUUUAUCACAGCUAUGUUAAGCAGGUCACUUGCCUGCUCCUGUAAUUGUACAGUUAUUGAACUGGACUUAAUGGAUUCUUAAUAAGAUAAUUUUCAUAAAGCACCUUUCUUUACUAAUAUUAACCAGUGUUUUGAGCACCACUGUUCAUUCACUUGAGAUCUGUAGUGUAAAUUUAAAUCAAGUAAAAAUGAUGUAAAUACAAGUGUGUGCCUGUGUAAGUUCUGUUUAUUAAGGAAAACUCACAGUUGUGUCCACUUUUUACUAAAAAAAGUUUAUUUGUAUUAAAUUUUUUCACUAACUUGUUUCGACCCAUGUCAUUCCUUUUUGUAUUUUAUC